CGCGCGCCCCCGCGGGCCCCGGCGGGAGGAGAGUCCGCGGCCGGCGCCGUCACCCCGGGCGGGGACAGCGCAGGCGACUCCUUGCGGCUGCCCGGCCGAGGGAGGGAGGGAGCGAGCGAGCGGGCGGGCGGGCUGGCGAGCCAGACAGCGGGGCCGGAGCAGCCGCGGACGCCCGAGGGGCCGAGCGAGACUGUAAAGCAUGGCUGUGUGGAUACAAGCUCAGCAGCUCCAAGGAGAAGCCCUUCAUCAGAUGCAAGCAUUGUAUGGCCAGCAUUUUCCCAUUGAGGUGCGGCAUUAUUUAUCCCAGUGGAUUGAAAGCCAAGCAUGGGACUCAAUAGAUCUUGAUAAUCCACAGGAGAACAUUAAGGCCACCCAACUCCUGGAGGGCCUGGUGCAAGAGCUGCAGAAGAAGGCUGAACACCAGGUGGGGGAAGAUGGGUUUUUACUGAAGAUCAAGCUGGGGCACUACGCCACGCAGCUCCAGAACACGUAUGACCGCUGCCCCAUGGAGCUGGUCCGCUGCAUCCGCCAUAUAUUGUACAAUGAACAGAGGUUGGUCCGAGAAGCCAACAAUGGUAGUUCUCCGGCUGGAAACCUUGCUGACACCAUGUCCCAGAAACACCUGCAGAUCAACCAGACGUUUGAGGAGCUGCGACUCGUCACGCAGGACACAGAGAAUGAGCUGAAGAAGCUUCAACAGACUCAGGAGUACUUCAUCAUCCAGUACCAGGAGAGCCUGAGGAUCCAAGCUCAGUUUGCCACGUUGGGCCAGCUGAGCCCCCAGGAGCGUCUGAGCCGGGAGUCGGCGCUCCAGCAGAAGCAGGUGUCCCUGGAGGCCUGGCUGCAGCGCGAGGCGCAGACGCUACAGCAGUACCGCCUGGAGCUGGCCGAGAAGCACCAGAAGACCCUGCAGCUGCUGCGGAAGCAACAGACCAUCAUCCUGGAUGACGAGCUGAUCCAGUGGAAGCGGCGGCAGCAGCUGGCGGGGAACGGCGGGCCCCCCGAGGGCAGCCUGGACGUGCUACAAUCUUGGUGUGAGAAGUUGGCCGAGAUCAUCUGGCAGAACCGGCAGCAGAUCCGCAGGGCUGAGCACCUCUGCCAGCAGCUGCCCAUCCCCGGCCCAGUGGAGGAGAUGCUGGCCGAGGUCAACGCCACCAUCACGGACAUCAUCUCAGCCCUGGUGACCAGCACAUUCAUCAUUGAGAAGCAGCCCCCUCAGGUCCUGAAGACCCAGACCAAGUUUGCAGCCACCGUGCGCCUGCUGGUGGGCGGGAAGCUGAACGUGCACAUGAACCCCCCCCAGGUGAAGGCGACCAUCAUCAGUGAGCAGCAGGCCAAGUCUCUGCUCAAGAACGAGAAUACCCGCAAUGAUUACAGCGGUGAGAUCUUGAACAACUGCUGCGUGAUGGAGUACCACCAAGCCACGGGCACCCUUAGUGCCCACUUCAGGAACAUGUCCCUAAAACGAAUUAAGAGGUCAGACCGUCGUGGCGCAGAGUCGGUGACAGAAGAAAAGUUUACAAUCCUGUUCGAAUCCCAGUUCAGUGUUGGUGGAAAUGAGCUGGUUUUUCAAGUCAAGACCCUGUCCCUACCAGUGGUGGUGAUUGUUCAUGGCAGCCAGGACAAUAAUGCGACAGCCACCGUUCUCUGGGACAAUGCUUUUGCAGAGCCGGGCAGAGUGCCAUUUGCCGUGCCUGACAAAGUGCUGUGGCCGCAGCUGUGUGAGGCGCUCAACAUGAAAUUCAAGGCCGAAGUGCAGAGCAACCGGGGCCUGACCAAGGAGAACCUCGUGUUCCUGGCGCAGAAACUGUUCAACAACAGCAGCAGCCACCUGGAGGAUUACAGCGGCCUGUCCGUGUCCUGGUCCCAGUUCAACAGGGAGAAUUUACCAGGACGGAAUUACACUUUCUGGCAAUGGUUUGAUGGUGUGAUGGAAGUGUUAAAAAAACAUCUCAAGCCUCAUUGGAAUGAUGGGGCCAUUUUGGGGUUUGUAAACAAGCAACAGGCCCAUGACCUACUCAUUAACAAGCCAGAUGGGACCUUCCUGCUGAGAUUCAGUGACUCAGAAAUUGGCGGCAUCACCAUUGCUUGGAAGUUUGAUUCUCAGGAAAGAAUGUUUUGGAAUCUGAUGCCUUUUACCACCAGAGACUUCUCCAUUCGGUCUCUAGCCGACCGUUUGGGAGACUUGAAUUACCUUAUCUACGUGUUUCCUGACCGGCCAAAAGAUGAAGUAUACUCCAAAUACUACACACCAGUUCCCUGCGAGUCUGCUACUGCUAAAGCCGUGGAUGGAUACGUGAAGCCACAGAUCAAGCAAGUGGUCCCUGAGUUUGUGAAUGCAUCUGCAGAUGCCAGUGGGGGCAGCAGCGCCACGUACAUGGACCAGGCCCCCUCCCCAGCCGUGUGCCCCCAGGCUCACUAUAACAUGUACCCACAGAACCCUGACUCAGUCCUUGACACCGAUGGGGACUUCGAUCUGGAGGACACGAUGGAUGUGGCACGGCGCGUGGAGGAGCUCCUGGGCCGGCCGAUGGACACUCAGUGGAUCCCGCACGCACAGUCGUGACCCUCGACCUCCCCAUCUGCCGCUUCUUCAUCCUCGCCAGAGGAAUCACUCUUGUGGAUGUUUUAAUUCCAUGAAUUGCUUCUCUUUGGAAACAAUACUCAUAAUGUGAAGUGUUAA